AUGUGUUGCAUCAGUAGAAUUUCUGAAGAACAGGAACCGUCAUCGUACUCUGAAGCGGCACAUGAUGCUAAAUGGCAACAUGCUAUGGAAGUUGAACUCAAGGCUCUCAAUGAGAACCAUACUUGGGACAUUGUUCCAUUACCGGCAGGACGGAAACCUAUUGGUUGCAAAUGGGUUUAUAAAAUCAAAUUUAAGGCAGAUGGAUCUGUUGAACGAUACAAGGCUCGUUUAGUUGCGAAGGGGUUCACGCAACGGGAAGGAUUUGAUUAUCAUGAAACAUUCUCUCCUGUAGCCAAAGAAGUCACUGUUCGCUCAUUUCUAUCCAUUGCUGCUUCUCGCAACUGGCCACUGCAUCAAAUGGAUGUCAACAAUGCUUUCUUGCAUGGAGAUCUGGAUGAAGAGAUUUAUAUGGAACUUCCACAGGGAUUACGCAGACAGGGGGAGUCUCGUGUGUGUCAUCUCCGGAAAUCCCUGUAUGGACUCAAACAGGCCUCUAGGCAAUGGUAUGCCAAGUUCACUGCUGCUUUAACCAACACAGGUUUUCAGCAUUCCAAACAUGAUUAUGCAUUGUUCACAUGGACUGAAGACUUCAUCGAGUCCAUUGCUUUUAAGGUCGACGACGCCACCAGCUCCGAACCGGAAACUAUUUAUGGUGAAAAUGGCCGUAGGACUUACAAGUACAUAACUUCUUUAGCCGGAUAUCUCAAAAAUGCAAAGGAUAGUGGCACUCUAAUCAACUCACUCACAUUUCGAACCACCGGAAGAAUAUUGGGACCCAUUGGUAGAGAGGAAGGCGAGUACUUCUCCUUACCACUGGAAGCUGGGAAAGUUAUUAGCUUUUUCGGGACAAGUGGUGAUUUUCUUGAAUCUAUCGAAGCACACGUAGAGCUGUACUCCAACAAGCUCUAUCCCUUCAAGUCUGUGGGGUUAUUUGGGAGUUCGGAUGCAUCUUUUUGGGAUGAUGGCAAUAAGCAUACCAAUGUAAGGAAAAUCGUUGUUGAAUUUCAAGUAGAUACAGGGCCAUGGAUCCGAUCAAUCACGUUUCAGUAUGAAGAGGAGAGUAAAGAAUUGUGGCAAUCAGGGACGCAUGGUGGCUUUGAUAUAAACUACUUCCACAUAGUACGGAAUGUCGAGAUCCAUACGAUCAAAAUAGAUGAUCCAGAUGAGUAUUUGACUUCAAUAUGCGGGUGUUUUUCUGAUGAAGGCAUUAGGUCACUCACGUUUCAAACUAACAAAAAAAAAACGAUUGGACCUAUUGGUGAUGAAAAUGGGGCAACACACUUCUCAUCUCCCGCAACGGGUGGCAAAAUUGUUGGAUUUUAUGGGAGGAGUAUAGUACAUCUUGAAGCAAUUGGAGCAUAUUUUGAACCGAUCUCACAUCUCUACCCAAUUAAAUCAAUUGGGCCAUUUGGAGGCCUUGGGGACGUGCUUGGGACGAUGGGAAAUUCACCGGUGUAA